AUGCGGUCAUGUGAGAUCCUUUGCAACAUCAAGCGGUCAAUGAGACAUCUAGAGAGGUUCAGCGUGGUGAUUAGAGGAAAUCGAAUAGCGAAGCUCGUGAAGUUAAUCCAAAUCAUGAAUGUGGAUGAGGAGAUUGAGAAGCUCAAGGAGGAAAUCACAAAGCUGGGGGAGAAACAGGCAGAUGGAUCUGUCAAGGUGAAGUUUGGCAAGCUUUUUGAUGAAACCGGAGACAUUUUUGAAGCACUUGGAGGAACGCUACGUGCUGCGAAGAAGAGAAAGAUUAUCUCAUUUGCAGCGGAGAUGCUACUGCAAGGCCGAGAUAACAAUGUCGAGAUCAUACUUCUACCACAAUGA